AUGGCGGCGACGGGGCAGGACGGCGACGACGUGGACCACUACGAGAUACUCCGCCUCCCGUCGGGCGCGGAGGGCGCGGCCCUAACCGUCGAGCAGAUCGAGAAGGCCUACCGCACGCAGUCGCGCCUGCGCCACCCCGACAAGCGCCCCGACGACCCCAACGCCACCGCCGACUUCCAGACCCUCGCCAGCUCCUACAAGCUCCUCCGCGACGAGCCCCUCCGCCGCCAGUUCGACGCGCGCCUCCGCGGCCGCCGCGAGGCCGCCGCCCGCGCCGCCGCCACCGGGGUCAGGCGCCGCAGGGCCGUCUCCGACCUCGAGGAGCGCGAGCGCGCCUUCGCCGCCGGCGGGGGCCCGUACGUCGACCCCGACGAGCUCGCCAGGCGCGAGGACAAGCGCAAGGCCGCCGACAUCGACCGCGAGCUCAGCGAGUUGAAGGCCAGGAAGAGCUCGCGCAUCUCGGGAUCCGCUUCCACCUCGGCACAUGGAGACAAGAAGGGUGGAAGUACAGAGAACGGAGUAAAAACUGAUAAGGGGAAAUAUUUGAAGGUUUCAUGGGAAGGUGGAGCAGAUUACUAUACUGCUGCAAAGUUGGAGGAGAUCUUUAAGCAAUUCGGCAAGGUUGAAGACAUUGUGAUCAAGACCAAAAAAUCAAGGAACAGGGGUUCAGCAAUUGUUGUAAUGGCUUCUAAAGAGGCAGCAAAAACCGCACUGAAGAACCAUUCUGUGUACAAUGUCUUCCUGGUCCCAUUAAUGGUUGCUCCUGUUGAAGAAUCGGGUCCAGCAUUCGCUACUCCACCAUCUGAACCACCGAGGGCAAUCAACAUUGAUGGAACUGGCUUCGUUGAUAUGGAAGCGUCAGUAUUCCGGAAACUUCAAGAGGCCCAUAAGAGGAAGCAGUGUGGAUAACUGGUGCUUUGCGGAACAUGAGUUUGCAACUUGCAGAGUACAUUUUGUUGUCACAAGUCACGCCAACUGAGGAUCAUUAGGAGUUCAGGACAGUUCAGAUACAUAGUCAGAACAAGUUUCAGGUUCCGUUGCUGAUAUAUUGUUGUGAGUUACUCACAUGCCUGUCUCAAUUUGUACCCAGUUACCGCCAUGUGUGCUUGUACCUCAACUCUUGUAUUCUUACAGGUCUGUUUGGAGUAUUUUCUAUCUUAGAUAUUACAGGUAGUUUUGUUUAGAAGUGAAAAGAAAAUGAAGCCCUCACAAUCAUGCAUUUUCGACCGCACACUUCUUAUUCACGGUAGAUGCCUAUUUUGGUUGGUUCUUUGGAUGGUGAAAUACGGUUUCAGUCCACAUCUCGUGGCGCAACACGUGAAUAAUAUACCACGCAGAAAAAACAUAUCUGAAGUGUUUCUAAA